CGGGCAUAAUGUCACACACCCUCACUGAGGCUGAGUUACCAAGGCGACGUGAGCCGUAGUCGGCUGUCGUGCUAAUCACAGCUAGCGGCUAAACCCGGAGAAAGAGGAUUUCUGUCGCCGCGUGUUUUUGUGUAAGCGCGCGUUGCUGACAUGGCUGAGCUGCACAUUAUCGGCCACAUCGUCGGGGCGAGUGGUUUCCCGCAGAACAGCCUAUUCUGCAAGUGGGGAGUUCACACGGGCGGAGCAUGGCGGCUUCUGUCCGGGCUGAAGGAGGGUCAGACCCAGGUGGACAUCCCUCAGACCGGGGACGUGGCGUACUGGAGUCACCCGAUCGACUUGCACUACGCCACCAAGGGGAUCCAGGGCUGGCCGAAGCUUCACCUCCAGGUGUGGCACCAGGACUCUUUCGGCCGCUGCCAGCUGUACGGAUACGGCUACUGCCACGUCCCGUCGAGCCCCGGACACCACCGGAUAAGCUGUGCGACCUGGAGGCCGCUCGGCUCCUGGCAGGAGCAGCUAGCGCAAACGUUUGUCGGCGGCGGACCGCAGCUGCGCAGCCCGGACCUCAUAUACAGCGGCGCGGAUAGAUACAGACUGCACACCGAAGCCAUGGGCACCGUGGACCUGGAGCUCGGCGUCAUCAUGAGACACUUUGACAAAUACGGCGUCGAAAGUUAACCGUGAAAUGACAAAGGACUCCGGGGGGAAUUUGUGAUGGCAUGUUGUGUGUAGACAGAGGGGCUCGCUUGUUUGUAAUAAAGUUUUCUACUCUUUUUUUUUUCUAAAAUGGUGUUGUGAUUUUUAUAGAGUAAGUAUAUGUAAAUAGAAAAAGACGUUCGACGUCAUUUCCGGGGAAAACAAAGAAAUAGAUGAAGACAUACAAACCAGGUUAGAAUGGCAAUGGAAGAACUGCCAAAAAAAAAAUGAAUUGCCAAAUGAAAAUCAGAUACAUAUAUUAGUCAAUUUUCUUUUUUUCUCCUGUUUCUACCUUCUCAGAUAUGAGACGAUAUCGAUCAGCAGCUUUAUAAUAACUUGUUCAGCUGACCCUAGGGUGAUUGACCCCAGGGAACACCUGUACACACUUUGGACGUUUAAUAUACAUAUUAAUAAAUACACUUAAUGAAUA